UUACACAUGGGAGAAUAAUAGUAAUAAUAUUUUCACUAAAAUUAGAACAAAGUAUUCCCGUGAAGUAGGAAAGCCCUAGGUCCCAUUCCCCAGCUCCUCUCCAUCGCCGCCGUCGGCGAAUCAUUGUAGCACCGCCGUAUGCACCCUUAUCUUACUCGCUUUUAGAAUCUAUGGUUCUGGUUUCCUCCUCCGCUAUUGAGAUUAAUUCAUCCGUGAAUUUCCACUGAAAGUAUUUCAUAUCUGAGCUGACUGAAAUGGCAGUUCUCUGAGCUGUUUUGAGAGCUCGGUGUAAACUCAGGGUGCUCUGAAUUUAUCGGCUAUAUUCAAUUAGAUGUGAUCUUCAAUAAAAGAUUGUCCAAAAUUUCCAGUAUUCGCUUCUAGACUACUCUCUCUCUCUCUGUAUACUUGGAUCCCAUUCACAGCUAUUGUGGUAAAUUUCCUUGGAAAAUCUAGCAAGAAAAAAUGGACGGGAAUCUUGAAAUCUCACUUGACAAACUUCCCAUUAAAAGGCUAGAAUCCAUAGAGGAAUUUGGCUCUGAACGCUUCCCCUCUGAUGUGGAUUAUGAUGAGAAGAGAGUGAACUUGAUAAGGAGAAUAGACUUUGCAUGGGCGGUUGAGAGAGAGGAUCCUAGUAAGAAGCGGAAGACAGAUGGUGCAACUGCUAAGGAGAGUACAUCAACCAAUCAGCAGCAAUGGCAAUGGAAGAGUUUAGUAGAGAACCUGCAAUUGGCUCACCAAGAGCUCUCUGUCAUUAUCGAUCUCAUAAACACGGUAGAGACAAAUGAUGCUGUGACAGUUGCAGGCAUGACGAGACCAAAGCCAUUACCGAAUGAGCAUUUAUCUGACCUUGCUGUGUCUACAGCAACCAAGCUACAGUGUUUCCGGAGUCUUGGAAAAUAUUUCAAGCAAUCUGCAAAAGCAUUGGAAGAGCAAAUAGCAAGAGAAGCUAGAUUUUAUGGUGCGCUUAUUAGAUUGCAGCAAAAUUGGAAAAUUAAACAACAUCGAUUGGUGGCAGCUGCAUCUGGCAAUGAAGGCUUCUAUAUCGAUUUAUUCGACAAUUCAUUAUACAAUUCAGCUGCUGUAUUUCGCCCAUCAAUGUCUACAAUUCCUGUUGAGCACGAUGCAGCUGGAAUGCUCACAGUGAAUUUGCCUCGAAAGUCUUGCCACACUCUUCAAUUUGAGUUUCUUGGAUUUAAUUCUGCUUAUAAUUUGAGAAAAUUUGGUGAGACUAAGACACCAGACAUGACGAAGGAUUCUUUUAAGGGACCCGCAAAGGAUCAUGCUAACGACGACGAACGUGUGAAGGAAAUGCAUUUAACUCUCCGUGAAGUUCAUCGAGCUAUACAUGAUGAACAGGUGUUCGAUUUGGUAAACCGUGAAGCAUGUAACCCGUCGUUGCGUGUGAAUCUGACUGGUAUAAAAGAAAAUUAUUUACGCUUAAGCAUUGGUCAAGGAUCAUCAGUUUCCAUCUCACUUGUACCAUCUGAUGAAGAUGAUCAGACAGUUGGUACUUCUGACAGAGAUACUACCGAGUCAUCAUAUGUACCUGUGGAAGGUGGAGCGAAGUUGGGAGAAGGAAUUGACAGAGCAAAGAAAUUUGGGAUCCCAAAUCAACUCGGUUUCGAGAUUUAUUUGCGACAAGUAUUUCAUGAAUAUGCAUUUGUGAAAGCUAAAAACAAAGCCAUGACUUCAUCAAGAAGUCAAAUUCCUGGCCAGCCACUUAAGGACAAUUCGAACAUUCUAGGUCAUUUUUGCAUGUCGAUUGCUCACAGAAUCUUCUCAAAUAAAGUUCUAUCCUUGCUGGAAAAUCUGGUUUACAGGACGCCUUAUGUACGCUUGAUUUCUCACCCGACUUAUUCUCGGACAUCUUCAUGGACGCUUUCGAUGAAGAUUCCUCAAUCCAUCCUUCACGCAGGUAGACAAAUUCAGACAUCUGGCGGCGGCACUAUCAAGACUGUAAGAUCUCAGUUCUGGACUAAGGUGGUGGUCAUUGACGAUUCCAUUAGUGUAGAAGGCGAAGGUGCUCCUAGUGUUGUUGGCCUAUUCAAAGGGAAGGCUGACGGCGUUUCUUCUAUUAAUGGAUAUGACAGUGACUUGGCAGAUCUUCCUAUAAUACUCCUGCAGCAGGUUGCUAGUCAAAUAAUCCAGUGGCUACAUGAGGAAUCACUUACUGUUGGUAUAAAAGCAACGAGAGACUUCUUAUCACUUGCUUUCGAGCUGGAGCAGGGUGAAAUAGUCCGACUCGUGGCUCAUGUAGACCCUGAAGAUACUCAGGGAUGCAUCUCUUGGUGGCUCACUAUAGAUAACGGGUUCAUCGAAGAACAUAAGCUUCAUUCAUACACGUCCAAUUUUGAAUCCGAAACCAGAAAAUUCUUAGGAUAUUUGUCUCUCGAUCUACUGUACUCGACUUUGUUGGACUUUUUGAAUUUAUGCAGCUGUUGAGAGUGAUAGUGGGGGGAAUGAUAAUCGUAUCGGAAUUAAAUAAUUAUAUUUUAUUUGAUGUUUGGUUACUGCAAUGAUUUUGCAAUGAUUUUUCGCAUCUGCCCAAGAUUGUGUAGUGUACCUCCCCGAAGUGUACCACUAGAAAUACGAAGAGUAGUUAGAUAUGUAAUCGUUAUAUAAUUGUUCGUACUUGUAAAGAACUUAAACGGGACAACAUGGUUUGUUUUUUUUUUCUUUUAUUGUUUUUUACCUUUUCUGGUAAUUAGAUAUUUAACCUUUUUAGAGAUAUGCACUGUACUUCAUAUGAAGGGAUAUAUUGUUAAUUGGUUAAUUUAGUUCUCAUUAUUGGA